ACAGGGAGUGAGCAAGUAUGUUUUAACCACCGGGAGGCUUUGUUUAGCGACACAGAUGUGUGUACUGACAUUGUGUAAAUAACAAUAUUAGAGGACAACAGUACUUUUUCACAGAUGUCAUCGAAUUUUGCGGACGAGGGCAAUAGUUGUCCGUCUUGAAAUCUUUCGGUUGGGCUUUCCCCGCCGCAGUUAGGUUAGCCCCGCUGCUCACCGUGCCCUGCUAGCUAGCUGCUUGAGGCACCGGGCUGAUAUGGCGGAGGUGGAGUCCUCGGUUGAAUUCUCCAGCUCUUUGACGAGCUCCACUCUUCCGCCACCGAGGACCCGCAUCUUUAAGAUCAUCGUUAUCGGGGACUCCGGGGUGGGGAAGACCUGCCUCACCUACCGCUUUUGUGCCGGGAAGUUCCCCGAGAAGACCGAAGCCACAAUCGGAGUGGACUUCAGGGAGAGGCUGGUGGAGAUUGACGGCGAGAAAAUUAAGAUCCAGCUGUGGGACACAGCAGGCCAGGAGCGCUUCAGGAAGUCCAUGGUGCAGCACUACUACCGCAACGUGCACGCUGUUGUCUUUGUCUAUGACGUUACCAGUGCCGCCAGCUUCCGCAGUCUUCCAGCCUGGAUCGAGGAGUGCAAGCAGCAUGCUCUGGGCACAGAGGUCCCGCGGAUCUUAGUUGGCAACAAAUGCGACCUCCAGGACUCAAUCCAAGUGGGCACAGACGUGGCACAGCAGUUUGCCGAUGCCCACUCCAUGCCAUUGUUUGAGACAUCUGCCAAGAAUCCCACUAACCAGGGAGAUGGUAGCUACGGUCGUGGAAACAGUGAUCAUGUGGAGGCUAUUUUCAUGACGGUGGCCCACAAGCUGAAGUCUCAGAAGCCGCUGGUGCUGAGCCAGCCGCCUGGGGGGCCCGGUGGCCCAGGAGGCACCGUCACCCUAGGCAGGGCGAGGGACGAUGGGGGGGAUGGAGCAAGAAGCUGGGGCUGCAGCAGCUGCUGAAAAAAGGAUAGGUGGAGGGAAAAGAGGAAGAAACCUUCAGGAGGACAACAGGAUGGAAGACAGAGAACUGAAGGAAGAGUGGAAGACAGAGAAAAAGCAUGGAUAGAAAGUGGCUUUGCUGUCAGAGAAAAAAAACAUAGAAGAAUGUUUCCAUCAGAGGAGAAGACUUUUGCUAAAUGCUUGUGCUUGCCUUUAUAAUUGACUUUAAACAAUUUUUGGGUAGUAGUGCGAUUUCUGAUUUGGAAUGCCAAAAUCUGCUGUUGGACUAUAGAAAUGCUCCUCAGCAGGCCAAAAACCUGAUCCUGAAUCUUUUUUUUUUUUUUUUUUCAAGUUUCAUUUCACUGAUUUACAUGGUUGCUGUGGUCAUGGACGAAUGGAAGUAAAGUAGAAUAGAAAAGGAAAUAAUACCUUUGGCGGAAGGAGUAAUAACCCAAAGCAGCAGUUCUCAUUACAUAUCAUAUCACUUUUGAUAUUGUUUCAGUAGAUCAAAGCAAGAUCGAAAACAAGCAAAUCAUGACAAAAAUAUAACACAACCACAGAAGUAGAAUAGAAUGGAAAGAGGUUCUGUGUCAGGAACAUUGACACAAACAGAUAUUUUUUGUGGAAAUUGGACUGUGUAAUCGAGUAGUCAUGGAGGAGUAACUGAAUUUAAUCAGUAUCACCGGUCACAUCGUAUAAAUAAGCUUCACUAUGACUUGAUGUGACAGCAGAGUUCCUAUUCUGCGUUUUGCAUUUAUUUGCAUUGUCACUCAUAGCUUAUACCCUGUAAAAUGUUUGGGGUCAGUUUGCUUUGAAUUAAGAGGUAGGCUUUCUGUGAAAUCCCCAAAUUGAAAACCUUGAUUACAGCUUGAGGAAACAAUUGUGUAUGAAUAUUUUAUUGACAACGAACGCAUAUAAAUUUAACUUCUUCCAUUUUCAUACUACUUUACAAAACCAAUGUCAACUGCACUGGAAUGACCACACAUCCAUAUUUAUCAUCCUCUCAGUAAUAAUGUAGGUUCCCCAAGUGUCAUGGUCAAGGACAUUUCAAGAAAAUCCAUACACUUACCCUUUCUUAAUAUGUCUCAUCUGGGUUCUGGUUCUGUAACUUCAAGCCAGUGAGCUGUGCUGUACUUGGCCUGCUCAGCUACCUGUUAAUCCCAGGUAACUUCACAGCUUUAAUGUCUGGGUUAGCUGCAGGGAAGUAUCUUGUGAAUCUUGGUGAAUCUUGUCUGUUCAGGGUGAAUUUGAGUUUUGGCCAGGUGGAAUGUCCAUCAGCAGAUUACACUGUUGUGAAAAUGGGUUCAAGACUUCAGAGAGGUCCAGGCCUGUGCUGGCCUGAUAAGAUGGCUUUGAUUUGGUUGGCACAGUAUGGUCGGGCUCAUGAUGCCACUGCAAGCAUUUAUAAGACCAUUAGUCUACACUAAAUAUUGGAUUAGUAAGACCUAGGCUUUAGCUUGGAGGAAAUCAGGCAUGUAAUUUGUGAAAGCUGCAACCAGGUUCACACUAAACUAACUUACUUGGGGUUAGAGCCUGAGGUCUCUGCCCUGACAAACCUGUGCUUCAUCAACCAAGCGAGUCAGUCAUGUAGUAGUGGGGCUCAUAAUCUUUAUAGCUGUGUCCUGCAAGGAUACAUGCACAAUGAAGUUGUUUGGUGUUGGGGACUGAAAGCUCACUACUCUGGUAUAUUGGCAUAAUCCACUUUGUUUAUAUGGCAUUAUGUAAAUUUAGAACCUCGGAAAUGUUCACUCAUAUCAUGUCAGCGUAACCAUACAACUCAACACUACCAGUUCAAGUUAAAUUUGGCCAGUUUUUUUUUUUUUUUUUUUUUUGGAGAUUGUCUGCCUGGUUGUCUUAUAGCCCCUGCUGACUGUAGGAAGCCAUGGAACAGGCUCAAUGCUUCCACAGGACACAGUUCAGACAAAGUUCCUGGAAUCUGAUCUUGUCCCUGCUCAUGGUGUGAUGCUAAAAUCUGAGUAAUGGCAAGACUUAGGAGCUAGCAGUUCUGUUUAUCUUGAUUAGUCAAGCACUGAUGACACUUCUGUAUACAUGUCCUGUCAUUAUAGACCUACAGAAGUCCCAGGUAAUGAAAAGUUCUGGGUCUUGAAAAAGGUUGUUAAUGUUAGACCAGAGCAAGUGAUCACAGCCCAUGAUCACUUGGGAAAGUUGAACAAUAGGACAACAAUUGGACAAUCUCACAUAGAUGUGGUGUGUUCCUCUAAUUUAUCCCUCUGAAACUGUCCUUUUCACUGGCUCAUGCUCCAAAUGUUAAAUUAUGUGUUUGGGAGAAAGUCAUCAGAAACAAAAGGAUGCAAAGGGAACCUGUAAGGAACGCCUGUGGACUUCAUGCUUAGUCCAUGGGAUGGAGUUUAGAAAAUGAGGUUAUAGCUUUUUUUUUUUUUAAGGUAUGUGGUGUUUGUGUGUUCAUCCCUCAGUGUAUGAAAGGCUGUACAAUUGCUAGACCAGUAAACAAGAAUAUUGUAUUGUGUAGCCUGCGAAUCAAAUGGUGAAAACACACACUUCUCAGUCUACAAGUUUUUGCAGUGUACACCUCUCAGGUGUCUCAACAUGUAAAUGGAUGCCUAUAGCCAUUGCUUAUCCUGUAUGUAAGUUUAUGAUACAUUAUUCAGCAUGUCUUGCAUACACCAUUGUAUAAGAGCUGAUAGAAUCAAAUGAUUUCCUCUUAAGCCAUGAUGUACCGUAGGUUGUUAUGGUAACCUGCUGGGAUCCCAUUGUUUUGCAGCAGUGUCUAGUGAUUCAUGAUGUCAUUGUUGCCAGUGUUGCUCUCUGGGCUCUUGUGGCCACAGCUGGUCCUGUGGCUCCUCUGUUGUUCAAGCUGUACACCACCUUCUCCUAAUACUGAGGGACACUGAGCAUCGAUUAUACCAAAUGGCCUUUCAGGAUUCCCUUGGUUUAGAGGCUAUGCAUUUGGAUGGAAAGAACACAAGCACCAAGACCACAGUCUUUCAUCUCCUUGUAUGCAUCUGGCCUGUGUCAGUAAUGUGAAAAGAGAAGAAAAGGGAAUGUGGGUGUUUAGUUUCCAAUUUGGAUGCUUUUUUUCUGUUCUGUUGUUUCUGUGCUAAAGACAAAUGACUGACUGCCACCCCCUCCCCACCACCAUUUAUUUUGCCUUACUUUUGUUCAUUGUUGCUGUGAACAACAAAAAGUACUGUACAUGUACUCUAUGGAACAUCAUUCAGUAGCUCAUUGCAAGUGCUCUGGAAAAAAAAAAUCUAAGUACAGUAUGACAUAAAUUCACCCAGAGACUAAUGAGUGAAGCAAACUAUAGACUACAGAAAAGGGAGAA